CUUCUCAAUAUUCAACUGUUCUUUUUAAGCAAUAAUAAAAAUGUUCUAUUUUCUAUGUUUGCUGCUGCUAGUUUCUCUCUGCUGACCACAGACAGCCAUCGAGAACCAACCGUCACAGGCUGGGUGUAUGUGUGUAAGGAAGUGUUGGGCAAUAAAUCAGUCGAACGUUUUAGAGUGAACUGAAAUUGAACUGAACUGAGUUUUCCUUCAGUUCUGCAGACAGCCCGAUGCCACCCAUGACAUCCAGGACCUUGAAAUCUAUCAUCUAUACUCCCUUGACCUGGUCUACGCUUCAUCACCAUGACAUCUCCAGAAUGUCCCUCUUCAUCUGCCUCAUGCUCUUCAGCUCGCUCUCCUGCCUGUUCUGGUACAGUUUUCUGAACCAGACGCUUCAUCUGCAGAAACGUCCUCCUGAUGUUCCUCAGAGAAACAUCAGCAUCCUGCUGUGGCACUGGCCAUUUGGCCGUUCCUACAGUCUUGCAGGAGAUAAAUGCCUGGAGAUGUACAACAUCAGUCACUGUCACCUCACUGAUAACACUUCAGACUUCCCCACGGCUGAUGUGGUUGUGUUCCACCACCAGGAGAUCAGCCAUGGCUUGUCUUCGCUGCCCUUGCACCUGCAUCGGCCGGCCUCCCAGCACUGGGUGUGGAUGUCCUUGGAGCCUCCUGUCAACAAUGCAAACCUCGCACAGUUCGAUGGCCUCUUCAACUGGACCAUGAGUUACAGACGUGAUGCAGACAUACCUAUACCUUAUGGAAAGACCAUUCCUGGAGGGGAGGAGCACAUCUUCAAGGUUCCUGCAAAUCACUCCUGUCUUGUUAGCUGGGUGGUCAGCAGCUACAAGCCAGAGCAGGCCCGUUCCAGUUUUUACCAAAGUCUAAAAAAGUAUAUCCCCAUAAAGGUCUAUGGCAGGUGGACUAAAGAAAUGCUGUCAGACAAAAAGCUGUUGCCCACCAUUGCAAACUGCCUGUUUUACCUGUCUUUUGAGAACUCUGAGGCAAGGGACUACAUCAGUGAGAAGCUCUGGAGGAAUGCUUUCCAAGCAGGGGUUGUGCCAGUGGUCCUGGGCCCCAGCAGGGCCACCUAUGAAGCUUUGGCACCCCCUGGUUCUUUCAUCCAUGUGUCUGAUUUUAACAGCACAGCAAGUCUGGCUGCCUACCUCAAGCUCGUGGCUGCAGAUAGGAAGAAGUAUGAAGGAUACUUCCAGUGGCAUCGCACUCAUGCCAUAAAAACCUACACUGAGUGGAGAGAACGACUGUGUCAGAUCUGUGUCAAGUACCCCAAUUUAACAGCCAAGCAAAUCUACCAGGACCUGGAGGGCUGGGUCAGCAGUUAACAUUAACAGAGGCAACUGAUUGUUUUUGUGUCCCCAGUGGUGUGUUUUCAGUACCCUUUCCUUGCAGUGCCAAUCUCAGCUACAUCGGGCGAUAGGCGGGGUACACCCUGGACAGUUCGCCAGUCUCCCUGUGCUAGAAGCCAUAUUUUCAGUGAGAGUGAUCGUUUGUGUCCCAGGGACACGAAUGGUUCCCUUUAUGAUUGAUUAGUGACUGAUUAAUGUAAGCAAAGAAAUAUAUUUCCUGAUCAAAAUGGUGGAUUCUCUGUUUUCUUUAUCUUCUUAUCUCUUCGUUUGUCUGCUCAGGGUUUCACUUCUGAAUCAUCCACUUUGGCGACUUUAGGUAACUUCCUCAUGAAACAAUAGUAAAUUGUUGAAUUGUUGGUUCAUUGAGUGCAUUUAUGUGCAAAUGAAGAUAUGAAACAGUAAAA